AUGGUUGCCGGAUUUACGUCCCUCCGUGACGAGAUACGACAUCUAGGUCAGCCAGCACUCGAGCAGCUCCAUGCAUCACCUCCCGCCGAUGACCCGCCAGCUGAUGCUCCUCGAACUGUGGGUGAGGAGGUUGUGAAGGGCUUGACUGCUCCUUCAACCACUUCCUCACACAAAACUGCGGAGGAGCCCUCAGAGUUCUCCACCCCACUGCUUCUGUCAGCUGCCCCUUCUGGCCCUACAGCUCUGGAACCCAUCGAGGAAGAGCAGGCUCCCUCUCCUCCUCCAGACAAACGCCUACACCUCCAAUGCAAACGUAAGAGAGUUACUCCUUCAGCUCAAUCUUCUCCACUUCCUCCGCUGGGACAGACUUCUUCCAAGGUUCCCAAAGUCCAGGCGCCAACAGUUAGAGUUCCUACCCAGGACUCUCCUCGGGUGGCAGAAGUCCCGACCCCUACUCCUGUCAGGAUUUUAGCUCCUGAGCAGGCUGACCCUUCUACUAGAGACCAGCCCAGGAGCUCUGCAACCUCUUCUACUCUUCCUACCGCCCCCUCUCCGUCAGCUGCUCACACCAGGGCUCAGUCCGACAAGAGCAAAUACAACUUCACGGCCUCAUGGAGCUUGCCCUCCAUGUUCAGGCUGGAUGCAACAGGGAGUUCAGGGAACCAUCGUCGUCAGCUGGCGACCGAGCUGGAGGGGAAAGAGUCAGAGCUGGCCACUCUCUCGGUAGACCUGAAGGCCCUCCAGGAGUCUAAUAAAGCUUUACAGAAAGACCUGGAGGUUGCCCGAGCGGACCUGGUUGCAAGUGCUGGUCGGGAGAAGGCUCUUAAGGCUCAGAGGGAUCAGGAUCAGGCCACUAUCAAGUCUCUUCAGGCAGAUCUUCUCAAAGAACAGGCUGAGGCUUCCACCCUAAAGCAGGAGAAUGUGCUGGCUUUGGCAGCUGCAGAUAAAGUAAAGGUAAAGCUAGUGGAAUACCGGUCAGGCGAAAAUCAUCGCCUCAGAGCUUAUAGAAUUUCCUACGUUAAAUCUUCAUUCUUCCGAAAGAAGAUAGGCGAUCUAAUCGAUCUGCUAUGGGGGCGUGGGCGCGGUGUGCCAACUAUUUGA